AUAUAAUUUUUUAUUUAUUCAAUAAUCAAACUGAAAUUUUAAUAUAUUCCAACAAAUUAAUAGAAAUUUUAAUCCAAAACUUUAAGAUGAGUACCGCUAGUGAAAUAACUGAUGAGGAGAAAAGCUUUGUUGAGGAACAAGAAGAGAAAAUUAACAUUGGACUUUAUAUAGGUGGCCGCAAUAGUAAGAGUGAGCGCAAUGGACGAGGAUGGGCCAUCUUACCAAAUGGUGAUCAAUAUGAUGGACAAUAUCGUAAAGGUCAACGACAUGGCAUCGGUCUUUAUGUUUUCAAAGAUGGUUCCAGAUAUUUUGGUCAAUAUCGUUGUGGCAUACGUUCGGGUCGAGGAAUUUUUAUAUAUCCCGAUGGUAGUUAUUAUGAGGGUAACUGGCGUAAAAAUCUUAAACAUGGUAAAGGUCGUUAUAGUUAUGCUAAUGGUGAUUCCUAUUGUGGUAGUUGGUAUCGUGGCCAAAGGCACGGUGUAGGUAUUUAUACCAGUAAAUCUUUAUCAUCGAAUGCCUUUUAUGGUGCUGUAAGUUUUACCGGCACUUGGCGUCAGGGUGUACGUGUUGGUCCAUUUCAAUUGAAUUUUGGCAGCGAGGACAAGUAUACCACUUUACAUGGAACCUGGGAUAAUUUAUAUCCCCAAGGACCGUGUGUUUUUAGUUUUAAUAAUCGUUAUUUGCUUAUGGGUUAUUUUCAAACUCCAGGUCGUGAAGCUUGGUUAGCUUUACAGGCCAGGAAAAACAGAACAAGUCAGCUAAAUGAUUUUAUGGAAGAAACUGUUGCAGUGGAAGAGUCUGAUAACAAUGAACUGGAUAUAUGGCAGUAUGAGCCAUCUAUAUGGUGUGCCCAAGAUAUGUGUGCUUAUGAUAUGUCUUUACUGCCACAGGAACCGGUGCCUUUGCCUAUAUCGGAUUCUGAUAUUUCGGUGUGUUCGCUCUCAACGGAGGCUACAGAAAUUUCAAUUGAGAAGCCCUUCAUCUAUAAGGGAGAGGAAGAUGAGGAAAUAGCUACCGAAGAAGGCAACUUAGAAUGUGGACCCUGUGAGUGCUCAUCAAGUGGUGUGGAAUCAUAUAGCCAGGUGUGUCCUUCCUAUGGUAAUCCUUGCGCCAUUGAGAUUACUCCUCAAAAAAACUGUUAAAUUUGCAAACUAUUCAAGGGAUUCAUAUAUUUUGUGAAAAUUUGCACAUUUAAAACUCAAUUCUUUUAUUUAAAAAAAAAUUAUAUCAAAAUUUAUUUACGCAAUAAUAAUUUAGUCCUUUAACUAAAUAAAUAUCAACACAUACUUUAAAUA